AUCAGCGGCUACCGGAGGAAGCGCCGGAGGAAGCGUCCAGAGCAAGCCCAGCAUCCCUGCAUCUCUACGCAGCUGUCCCGCACGGCGGCCCCGCUGAACCGGAGCACGGCCCCGCUCCACCCCACAGACACUACCUCGGCUUUAUCGGGUGGGAAAAGCAGCCUGGCCAUUGCUAUAGUCCCUGUCGUCGUCAAGGAAACCAAGAGUCCCGUCCCGUUGCCAUGGGGAAACAGAACAGCAAGCUGCGGCCGGAGAUGCUGCAGGACCUCCGGGAGAAUACCGAGUUCUCCGACCACGAGCUGCAGGAGUGGUACAAGGGUUUCUUGAAGGACUGUCCAAGUGGAACCCUGAACGUGGAGGAGUUCAAGAAAAUCUACGCCAAUUUCUUCCCCUACGGUGACGCUUCCAAGUUCGCCGAGCACGUCUUCCGGACGUUCGACACCAACGGCGACGGGACGAUAGACUUCCGGGAGUUCAUCAUCGCCCUGAGCGUGACGUCACGGGGCAAACUGGAGCAGAAGCUGAAGUGGGCCUUCAGCAUGUACGACCUGGACGGGAACGGGUACAUCAGCCGCGACGAGAUGCUGGAGAUUGUACAGGCCAUCUACAAGAUGGUGUCGUCUGUGAUGAAGAUGCCCGAGGAUGAAUCCACGCCAGAGAAGAGGACGGAUAAGAUCUUCAGACAAAUGGACCUCAAUAAUGACGGCAAACUGUCCCUGGAGGAGUUAUCAAAGGUGCCAAAGCGACCCGUCCAUCGUGCGGCUACUCCAGUGCGACCCCAGCUCGGCCUCCCAGUUCUGAAGCCCAUUACACCGUCCCCGACCUCCGCCCCCCACCCCCCCCCCCCCGCCCUGCUGCGACCAGUUCACUGAAAUCAAUGCAUGAUGCUUCCCCGUUUCUCAUC